UCUGGAGGCAGGCUGCUGCUGCUGCUGCUGGGCUGGCAGCCUUCUGCUCCAUCAAGAAACUUUCCUGGACUUGUGGAGCUCCUCGGACGUAGUGGUCACGACCAGCCGCAGCCGAACCUCCUCGCGGGGGGAGACAGUGGAAAGCGUCCCAGCGGCCACUUUUAUUUUUACCUUUCGCUACUAAAGAUUUUUCACUUGAAGGUGUCAUAGUGAAGCGAAAACUAUUUUAAAAGAACAUUACCAUACGGAGUUCGUAAACUCAAUCUCACCGGCGUGUUUUCAUAGAACAAUAUUCUUUCACGGAGCCGAACCCCCUUUUAAGACUUUUUCAAACUUUGGAUACGACGCGGACAUGGCUUGGAGUAAGGGCCUCUUACUUUCAUUGGGUUUGCUUCUCUCACCAUUAUGUUUGUCAACUGGGGCACAGCAGCACAACCGGAGCGGCGUCAGGAAGCUGUACGUGCUCCAGCCCGGGCCGGGUCCCGGUUCCGGUCCGGGCUCGGCGGGAGCAAACCGAGGUGACGGGAUGCGAGUCAGCUCCAUUUCAACGCGUCACGGCGCGUCGGGGCUUCCGCACUCUUACAACGUCGAACUCACCGCCAAACUGGGCGGCCAGGUCCGGACCCGCCGGAUGGGAAAGCAAGCCUCGUCAACCCAGGCGUCCAUUGUUCGCCAGAGCGCUCCAGAGCACAACCAACACAGGCAACUUCUCAAGCAGUCUGGAGUGAAUGUCUGUGGAGGCCAGUGCUGUCAUGGAUGGAGUAAUGCUCAAGGAUCCCAGAGGUGCACAAAGCCUAACUGCAUCCCUCAGUGCCAAAACGGAGGAAUGUGCCUCAGGCCUCAGCUCUGUGUCUGCAAGCCUGGCUCAAGCGGCAAGGCAUGUGAGCAGAAGACUGUGCCCACACACACCCUUCCAGCACAGCCUGGGAAAGGCCCGACCAAUGAUCAUAGCACCAGUCACAUGAAUGGACACAACGCAGUACCACAGCGGCCCAUACCUCAGCAAGUGCCACCUAAUGCUUAUGAUCUGCCCCCACAUCAAGCUGACAACAUUGCCCAGAUGAAGCUGACUGUCAAACCUUCCCCACAGCUUGUGAGACCACAUUAUAUCCAACAACACAUCCAGCAACAAAUCCGGUCUAUGCCCAUGCAACAUGGCCAGCAAUAUGCCAUAAAGCCGAAAUAUUACCAUACACACACCACUCACACACAGAUGCACGUCAAACCUCAACUUGAAAGGCCCAUCCCUCUAUCAGUGGCACACAACCCUAUACACGUGGGCAACCACACAGGAAGGAUCAAGGUGGUCUUUACGCCCACUAUCUGCAAAUUUACCUGUGUGGGGGGUAGAUGUCACAACAACUGCCAGCAGGGAAAUACGACAACCAUCAUCAGUGAAAAUGGCCAUGCCACUGAUACCCUGACAGCACCCAACUUCAGAAUAGUGGUGUGCCAUCUCCCCUGUAUUAAUGGUGGCAAGUGCAGUGCCAGGGACAAAUGUCAAUGCCCUCCAAAUUUCACUGGAAAGUUCUGCCAGUUGCCAGUUCAAAAUGGACACCAUCAACAACAGCAGACAUCAAGCAGCUACAGUCAAACUCAGGUCCAAACCACACACACGUUGCCUCUGACCUACAGCAAUGGGCAGAAUCCUGUAUUUAGUCCCAACAUUGUAAACAUCCACAUCCAACAUCCUCCCGAGGCAUCUGUCGAGGUCCACCAAGUAUCUCAGCUGGACAACCACCACAGUAAUGGACAAAAUCAAAGAGGUCCCCAGUUAGGAUCCUCUUCAUCCUCCAGCUACAGCUUUCAUCACACCGAAAGCCGUCAGAAGGUCCAACACCAUGGCUACAACAUUGUCUAUCCAGGCCAGCAUGGUGACCAGAUUACGCAGUACCAGCCUGUCUCCUCUAAGAGCACAUUGGGCCGCUGCUUCCAAGAAACUGUUGGUAGUCAGUGUGGGAAAGCUCUCCCGGGUCUGACUAAACAGGAGCAGUGCUGUGGGACCAUUGGGACAUCAUGGGGUUUCCACAAAUGCCAGAAAUGUCCAAAGACACAAUCUAUUCCUCUGAUCGACUGCCCCCAGGGUUACAAGAAAAUCAACAGCACUCAUUGCCAAGAUUUUGAUGAGUGCCAGCUACAGGGCGUGUGUCCAAAUGGAAAUUGUGUGAACACUGUGGGCAGCUAUAGAUGCAUCUGCAAACCUGGCUACAUCCCCAACCCCAUGCUCACCACAUGCAUAUCCAACAUGCCUGCCAUCCAAGAGGAGAAGGGGGCUUGCUUCCGUUUGGUGAGCUCAGGGCGGCAGUGUUUGCACCCAGUGUCUGCUCAGCUGAGCAAACAGCUCUGCUGCUGCAGUGUGGGCAAAGCUUGGGGACCACAUUGUGACAAAUGUCCCCCUCCAGGAACAGCUAUGUUCAAAGAAAUUUGCCCUGGUGGGAUGGGCUACACUGUUCUCCCAAAUCCACCUGUCAAUAAACCAGUUACAGUUCACCAGACACCGAUUGAUCCACUUACCCACCUCCCUUUGCCAACACCAGAAAAAACAGUGGUGGCUUUUGGGAACCCAGAAGAGAUCAUACCAGCAACCAUUGCCACAGAUCAGGAGCUGGUAGUACCUGUGGUUAGUAAUAGGCCAGUCGUUGAUUCCAUACUACCCCAACUAUCUCCUGGUGUAUCCACUGUCAAGAUAAAUGCAGCUUACCCAGAGGUUGUUGAGCAGAGUUCUCCCCCUGUUCCAGUGGAGAUUUUCCCUUCUAAUGCAGGACAAGACAUUGCACCAACUCAGUCUGCAGAGGUGGAUGAGUGCCAGAUCAACCCUUAUAUUUGUGGUCAAGGGCUUUGUUACAACACAGCUGGAGGCUACACCUGCCAUUGUGAUGAGGGAUACCACUUGAAUGAUGCGCUGACCUCCUGUGUAGAUUUAGAUGACUGUUUGGAGACCCCAUCUUUGUGCUCUGGUGGUCUGUGCCAAAACACCGAGGGUAGUUUCCUGUGUGUGUGUCCACAAGGAUUCCUUGUUGAUGAAGAGGGCACCACUUGUGUGGAUAUCAAUGAAUGUGCAAACAGGACAGUGUGUCCAUCUGGCAUUUGCAUUAACAUCCCUGGGGGUUACAACUGUGGCUCUUGCCCUCCUGGGUUCUUGGCACAGGGAGGCCAGUGUGUAGAUAUUGAUGAGUGCCAAGAUCAAAGUGUCUGUACCAGGGGCCACUGCAUGAACACUGACGGUUCCUUUGUCUGUCAAUGUGGGCCAGGCUUCAGCGUGUCUCUGUCUGGUGACCAGUGUGAUGAUGUGGAUGAAUGUUUUGAAGAAAAUGAGCCUUGCAAGUCCGUAGGGGAGUGUGUUAACAACAUGGGCUCCUACACAUGUACCUGUCCCCAAGGGUACCGACAGAUCGACAGCACCAGCUGCACAGAUGUUGAUGAGUGUGUAGAUGAGCCAGAACUCUGCGCGCCCCAUGGUGAAUGUCUCAACACAGAGGGAUCCUAUCUGUGUGUGUGUGGGAGUGGAUUCACUGCUAGUCUUGACACACCCUCCUGUGAUGAUAUUGAUGAGUGUGGACUCAAUGAGACUUUGUGUAGUCCUCAUGGUUUCUGUGAGAAUAGAUUGGGUUCAUUCAGAUGCCUCUGUGACCAGGGCUACCAAGAAAGCCAAGAUAGCCAAAGCUGUGUGGAUGUUAAUGAGUGUGAGCUGCUGAGUAGUGUCUGCGGAGAAGCUCAGUGUGUGAACGUCGAUAGUUCCUUCCUUUGCACAUGUCCCAGCGGCCAAGAGUAUAAUGUCAUGGUCGCCAGAUGUGAGCCCAUUCCAACAGUGUCAUCAGUAGAGCGUAAAGAGUGCUACUUCCAUCUGAAUGAUGAGAACUUGUGUGAGAGUGUGCUCACCAGCCAUGUCACCCUGCAAGAGUGCUGCUGCACACUGGGAGCUGGCUGGGGUGACAACUGUGAGGUUUAUCUCUGUCCUGUCAAUGGCACAGACCAAUUCAACCAGAUGUGUCCAUCUGGAAAAGGAUUUAUCCCAAGUGGAGAUUUGCUUUAUGAAGUCCCUACAGCUGAGAGGUACAAAAAUGCAGAUGAGUGCACUCUGUUCGGCCAGGAGGUGUGUAAAGGAGGCUUCUGUCAGGACACUGUGGGCAGCUAUGAGUGUUACUGCAAGACAGGACAGGACUAUGACUCUGCCAAACUGGAGUGCAGAGAUAUAAAUGAGUGCAUUGAUGAGUCCGUGUGUGUUGGAGCCCAGUGUUUGAACACUGAAGGGUCAUACAUUUGUUUCUGUAAUCAUCCCAUGGUGUUGGACCCCAACAGUAACAGAUGCAUCUUUGUUCCUGAUGUGGCUGACCAACAUGAGGUGGGGCAGAUAGACUUCCAGGGUAUCUGCUGGCAGAAGGUGACAGAAUCCAUGACAUGCACUCUGCCGCUGGGUCCCGACAGGAAGACAACAUUCACAGAGUGCUGCUGUCUCUUUGGAGAUGCAUGGGGCAUGGACUGUGCCUUAUGCCCACCCAAAAACACAGGUGAUUAUGCGUCCAUGUGUAACCUUGGCGGGCGGCAUCCUUACGGGCGCGAUGCCCUUGUUGCUGGUCCAGUCCAUGAAUAUGAAGUGAGCCCAGACUAUUCACCAUCACCUGAGGAGCAUCCUGCCUUGCCAUUUUACGACAAUGAGGAAUAUCCAUUCAAGGCAUUUGAGGGUUUGCGAUCAGAGGAGUGCGGUAUAUUGAACGGCUGCGACAACGGUCGGUGUGUUCGAGUCCAAGAGGGUUACACCUGUGAGUGCUUUGAUGGUUACACACUGGACCUGCCCCGCAUGGCCUGCAUUGAUGUAAAUGAGUGUUCAGAACUCAACGAUCGCAUGUCGCUGUGUAAAAAUGCAAAAUGCAUCAACACAUUGGGUUCCUACCGUUGUGUAUGCCUUCCAGGCUUCACUCCCUCUGAAAAACCAAACUAUUGUGUGGAGACAGUGACACGCCAAACAUCAGCACACACACAGUGAGUGUGGAUUGACUGGACUGGGCAACAAGAGACUCUGAAACCACAGUCAUCCGCACAAACACACAUCUCUGUAAAUGGCAUGUUUGUGAACAUCAGCUAAAAAAAAAAAAAAAAAAUGUUAGGUCAUUCAAUUAGCAACAAUACUGAAAUCUUCCUGGUCUUCCAAAAACGUUAGAUCUCUCACACACUAAUCUAAAAUAUUGCACUCUUAUGAGCCUCCUUCUCGUUCUGCAUUCCCCGUCUGUUCAAUGUGUGUUUUGACUGACUUCUUCUAUUUAAUAGAGUUGAAAUAUAUAUGAUCUUUUUAAUACUAAAUAUGGGUAUUUUUGAAUAAACUAAAAUGUAUUAUCUUAUGAAUGGUAUAUUAUUAUGACGAUAAAUAUUCCAAUUUGCCAAUGCCUGGUCUGUAUGAAGAAAGUUUCUUGAAAUUACAUAACAUAGUGGAACCUCUAAAGCUGGACCCUAAAUUUUUCAAGGGUCAUAUUGUCGCCAUCAUAAACCUUUUAUUAACCAUGCAAUCAAUUCACAACAAUUUAGGCAAUUUACUCUUCAAUUUGUGUGAGGAAGCCGGGGUACCUGGAGAAAACCCACACAAGCAUAAAGAGAACAUGCAAACUCCACACAGGAGUAGCCAAGGCUGAGAUUUAUACCUUGAACCCCAGAACUGUGAGGCAGAUGCACUAUCCACUCACCCAACCAUGCACAUGCUAACAUCAGUCAGCGGUUUUGACCACCAUUGGUAAGCAUGGUAGCUUGCCUUUUAGCUCCAACAGUAAGCGCAAACAAGGGUGGAAUGUUAUUCAUUUUGAACACGAAGCUGUAAACCAAACAAGUCAAUAUUUCUUUGGCCCAAUAAUGUAAAAAGCUGAACAACAAUUGACUACGAUUUAUGCUAAUGGAGUUUGAAUGUUCGCCACAGUGAUAAUUGUAAUAUUAAGCACCUGUACAGUAUGCAAUACAUUUAGUCACAGUUUGACAUGUUCUGCACACUCCGCAUGUUGUUGUAAUUUUAUACCAAGCUUCUGCAAUUCUCUGCAGUUGUCCUUGAAACUUCAUGGGACUGUUUUUCUUGUUGGGUUCACGUUCAUCAUAAUCCCCUAAUAUUAAAAAUGUUAUCGAAUCCAAAAUGUAACAGUACUUAUAACUGUAUAUUGGUAUGUUUGCCAGUGUUUGAGGGUUUGUUUGCCUGCGACUCGUAUUUUUCACUCUUGCAAUCACAGAUCAAGACCAAUAAACUUUAUCACCAUUUGUCUUAAAUAGCAGGUUUUAAUGAGAGUUUUGCAGAUCUAUAUUUAUUUUUUCAAAUGCCCUCAUAUGAUGAAGUGGGAGCUCUAAAAUAGCUUUUUAUUUUACUUGAGAGCUUAGAUUGUUUAUGUUCCCUACAUAGUUGAUGCCCUCAGAACAAAACAUUUUCAUAUCAGAGAAGACAUUCUACAAAUACAUAUUCAUAUACAGCCCAAGCCCAUAUACUGUAUUCUGCACUGUAGAAAAUGCCCAAGAUGAAACAAAUUUACUUAACUGCUGUUUGACUAUAUGGAGAAUGUUAACACAAUUGUUUAUAAAAUGAAUGUUUUGUUUUA